ACCAAAACAGGCAAUCCGGCACAGAGCCACCAAGUAGAUAUGGCAACCAGUAUCAACAAUCUACUACAACAACAACCAAACAACCUAGUUAUGGCAACCAAUACCGGCAACAAACCACACAGCCAACAAGCAGAUAUGGCAAUGAAAAUAAGCAAUCCAGCACACAACCAACAAGUAGAUAUGGCAACCACAACAGGCAAUCCAGCACAGAGCCACCAAGUAGAUAUGGCAACCAGUAUCAACAAUCUACCACAACAGCUUCUAGCUCAGAAGAGUCGAAAACUACACGCUAUACGAGACGUCCGUAUGGAAUACUCGAUUAUGGAAUAUCUCAGACGUCCUCUGAUGUAACAUUACUAACAUCAGCAGAUGCUAACGCUGCCGGGAGCCAGAAAAUAACUGUCAAACCACACAGCGCAGGCAACAGCAAACAUUUGAUCACUAAGCGUAAAAUUACCGAAAUCAGAACCUCGGCUGCUACUGCUGUCCCAGAUACGCUAACGAAGCAGCAAUCCACGCGGAAAGAACUCGACCAAUUCACACCGACUACGAGUAAACCGUCCCACGGUAUAAUCGGCUAUGGCAUAAGUAAGCUGCUACGGCGGUUAAUACGCGACAACACUGCGCGACCCAGAGAAACCCUUGAGCGAAAAUAUACAGGGUCGCCAAUGCAGGCAUUCAGAGAGUCACUGACGACAGUUGCAACGACAUUUUUGGGUCAAUCGGCGAACACCACAACUAAGCAAAUGCCUACAUCUACAACAGCGGCAAAGGGUAGACCGAAUACUGUUGUUCCAAGUAGUUCCCCUGUGAAUGGGACGGGCGGCAAAGGUACGCCGAUGGCGGAGACGGCGUCGUCUUCACCUGAUGCACCUAAUAGCGUCAAGGGCAAUGCAUCCAGUGUGCCCAAUGGAAAAGCCCCGUCUGGAUCUUCAGGGCUAAACAUUAGUGGUAUCGACGUUGCGUGUAACUCCUACGAAGGAAACAUGACCAUAACUGUUAACUUCACGGCUUCCUUCAACGGAAAUCUAUUCAUUAAGGGUUUCUUUGAUGAUUGCAUCGUGUCCGGAAACGACACCAGCAACAGUACCAGCAUCACGAUCCCACUAGAUAGCUGCGGCACGCAACAAACCACCUCGACGAACACUUCGACGGGCGAGAGCAUCAAAUACGAAAACACUCUGAUGGUGAUGUUUAAUCGAGAGCUAGGCAUCCUGCAAGCGUCGGACAAGGCGUAUCAGGCUUCAUGCGAGUUUGUUCGCAAGGAAAAGAGCGUCGUGAACGGGUCCAUAACGCUGCCGCCUUUGACGACCACACAGCUACCGGUUGUUAAAUACGAGGCUGAGCCAGAUGUAGAGUUGCUUGUGUUCAGCGGAACGGACCAGUUUUCAUCGCCAUCAAACGGCCUACUGGUGGGAGAAGGUGGCACACUCGCAAUCAUCCUCAAAGAUAACAGUCAGUAUGACCUAGCUGUAACCGACUGCUUUGCACACGAUGGAGCCGGAAGAUCUGAAUUAAAGCUCAUUGAUGAAAACGGGUGUCCUGCGAAUGGAAAUUUGGUCAGCCCACUGAGAAAGCUUCGGGACACACCCGCCGCCGGCCAAACCGCAGUAGUGACAACCUUCCAGGCUUUCAAGUUUCCGGAUCAGGAUAGCGUCUACUUCCGCUGCAUGGCGAAGACGUGCGCAGGCAAAUGCGAGGAGGUGCGUAAUCAUCAGUGCCGCUCAUAG